GAGUAAUGCUAUCUUAGUCCUUUUAUCUUCUUCACUGAACUUUUUCAAGAUUCUGUUGGGUGGUAUCCGAUUCAAUGCAAAUAUUAUUAGGGAAAUGACAUUCUUGAAGCAUCUUUAUGGUGACUUGAAGGCCCACCUUUUAGUAUUGUCAUUGUACAGCUCUAAAGUAUUUUCAGAAAACUUCAGCUACACAGCUUGCAGACAGUUAUCUCAAAUGUUUUUGGCGAUAAUUUUCUUUCACAGUUCUGAAUAUGUCAUUGCAGUCAACAUUCAUGGAAGGUCGAAUGUAACUCUCAAGUCUCUUUUGAUCAGUAAAGCUUAUUUGCUGGCAAUGGUUUGUUCACUGCUGGAGUACUUUGCUGAAAUUGUUUUAUUUCCCGGGUUAAAGGAAAUUUGGUGGAUAAGCAACUCAGGCCUUGCAAUGGUUGUAAUUGGGGAAAUCAUAAGGAAAACAGCAAUUUUAACAGCUGGGCGGUCCUUCACUCAUCUUAUCAAGGUUUAUCAUGAAGAGGAUCACAAAUUGGUAACUCAUGGAAUCUAUAGAUAUAUACGUCACCCAGGAUAUUCUGGUUUUCUCAUAUGGUCUGUUGGCACUCAGAUAAUGCUCUGUAAUCCCAUCUCCACAAUUGCAUUUGCAAUUAUCGUCUGGCACUUCUUUUAUAAACGAAUACCAUAUGAGGAGUUUUUCCUGAGGCAGUUUUUUGGGUCAGAGUAUGAGGAAUAUGCACAACUGGUGCCUUCUGGGGUGCCGUUUGUGAAGUGAAGGGAGAAGAGUGCAUGAGGAAUGCUGCAGUGAGCAACUAUCAGAAUGAUCCAAGAAGAUGAUACUUGGAUAAUGAUGUGGUCUUCCUGACUUGCAAAUUUUGUUCUUUGCUGAACUGACAUGCCCUUAGGUGGUGUUUUGUAUUUGACUUAAUUCUACAUAGAACUUAAAACUAAAUAAUCCUUAAUAGUGUUAAGUAUUAAGUUUGUUUUUUUAA